UCUCAUUAGAGCUGCACAAUGUGCGUGAUCUGGUAGCUGCUGCUGCUGCAGGAGGAAGGACCGCUACUCUAGCCUCGGUACCUUUCAGUUUCGCCUUAAAAUUGUAUCGACCGGUUCCGUCACGCAGUUAACAUCGAUAGAAGUCUUUAUCUAAGGUCUUCUUUAACAUAAAUUUCGAGGUGUUGGCCUCUGUUCGAAGAGAAGAAUUGCCGUUUUAAUCGAGUAUAGUACGAUUUCACUGACAGCAGCACAAGCACAACAAUGGCUCUGAAAAGAAUUCAUAAGGAGCUUCAUGAUUUGGGCCGUGACCCACCUGCCCAGUGCUCAGCAGGGCCAGUAGGGGAUGACAUGUUUCACUGGCAGGCAACAAUAAUGGGACCAAAUGACAGUCCUUACCAGGGUGGGGUGUUCUUCUUGACCAUACACUUUCCCACAGAUUACCCCUUCAAACCGCCAAAGGUUGCAUUCACCACAAGAAUCUACCACCCAAAUAUUAACAGCAAUGGCAGCAUCUGUCUGGACAUUCUACGGUCUCAGUGGUCACCUGCCCUCACCAUCUCCAAAGUACUCUUGUCUAUCUGCUCUCUGCUGUGUGACCCCAAUCCGGACGAUCCCUUAGUACCUGAGAUCGCCCGCAUCUACAAGACUGACAGGGAAAAGUACAACAGAAUAGCUCGGGAAUGGACACAAAAGUAUGCAAUGUAGUUUUGGAGUUAGAAUCAUGGCGGGAAAAAUUUACACCUCUCCAUCUUAAGGUUAGGGGAGAUUGAAAGUUUAAGAGAUAAAAAAAAAAAAAAAACUUAAGAAAAAAGAUCUUGUUGGUUUCCAUUGGAGUGCUUUCUUUAAGCCACGCCUCCCCUCACCAGAGCACCUCCCCUCACCCUACAAUCUCCCCCACCCCACCACCCCAGUAGCCAUGGUGUACAUACUUUCAAACUGCAGCUGUAGUCCAACUCCAGCUGUUUCCCCUAGUAUCCAACAUCACUGACCCCACCCCUCAAAAAAGACAAAAACAACAAACAAAAAACCCCAAACAAAAUAGCCCACACUUCUGCUUCAUGUCUCUUGCUUUACCGUCUCCGCAGUUAUGGCAACGUGCCCGCUGCUUAGGGUCGGUCAGUCUGAAUUUUUGCAGUAGAAAAUGUUCAUGACUCUAAAACCAUUCCUUGUUUUUAAGCACUGGGGAGGGGAGGGGGGGUCUUUUUUUUAUUAUUUUAAUUUUUUUUUCCUUUUUGUGAUAUAGUGGAGAUUUGAGGGAUACACUCUUUACUUUUUCCAAUGAUUUCCAAUUCCUGGGCUUCCAACUGUAUCUUGGAUCAGGAAAAGGGUUUCUUGUUUUUGUUUCUUUUCAUUUGGCAGAGGAGAGAGGGUACAUGCUGGCUUUUUUUUGUAUAAAAUCUAUAAGGUAUUCUUUUAAAAAUCAUAGCAGGUUAUUAAUGAGAAAAUGUUGGACCUCUGUGUCCUCUUUUCUGGCUGAUUCUAAAGGACUUCAUUACAAUGAAUAUUAUUGCCUCCCUCCCUGCCCCCCCUUUGCCAUAACAAGACUUUCUCUGCCCCUUCCCUUACCCACGACCACCUUCACAUCCACUCACUUCUGGAGGGUUUUGGACCAGUUACUUAAAGCAAUCUCAGUUAAGCACCUGUUUUCUGAAUUAUUUCUUGAUUCUUCCACCGCUGUUCUGUAACUUAGUUUCGUUUUAGCUGCAGUUUUGUUUUGUUUUGUUUUUUUGUUUUAUUUUUUUCCCUCCCCUCUGCUCUUGUUGAAUUAGAUGCUAACAUGGCUGAGACAGACUCGAUUGGGUCCCUGGGUGAGAGGACACAAACUCCUCACAGACAAACUUCUGUAUAUUUAAUUUCCUGACAGGCUCGUUGAGCUUUGUGUGUUGAUUAAAACUGUGUAAUAAAAUGAUUACUAAAGUCUGA